GCUUCGGAUGACUAUAAAUUUACCAGUGGUGAAAUUGAAGAUGAACUUGUGGAUCUUAUUUAUCAAAUGCCACAAAUUUCUGAUCCUCUAAUCAUAAUAAAAUAUAUCCAAAUUGAUGAUCAAACUUUAAGUAGGGAACAAAUGAUAAAUAAAGAAAUUAUUCAAUUUGUAAAUGGUGAAAAGGCUCAAUAA